UGGGACAAAUCAAGCGAAAUAUCAAGACUACUUGGGAAUAAAAAACUAAGGUAGGCAUUGCAUUAGCUGAAGUUACACUAGACCUCCAAGGUUCCUUUAACUUAGAAAUGCAUUUGGUUCUUAAUCUCCAGGGUUAAAAUUUGGUCAAAGUAUGUUAGUCUGUGUUGUCUAUGAUCUUUCAGAUCACAGAUGACUUUUUCAGCGAUAUUACCCGUCAUGUAGGAUGUCCCCUCCGCCCUUGCACUGAUUUAUCAUGCAUACAUGGUUAUCAUCCCACUCUGUAUACAGUUGAACCUCCAUUAGGCGGCCACCUAUUAAGCAGCCAUCCUCCAUUAAGCGGCCAGUAAUCAAUGCCCCGAAAUAAUUGUAGAAAAGAAUGGAAAAUUAAACCUCUAUUGAGCGGCCACCUCUAUUAAGCGAUCGCUUCCAGUUUCAGUGCUGUUUCUAUGAGAGUUUUCCCAUUUUUCUCACCUCUAUUAAGCGGCCAUAAUUAAAAAAUCAAGAUCAUAACCGACUAAGGUUGGCUUUAUUUUAAGAAUAUGAUGAAGGAAAAUAGCCCGGAUAGAAGAGGACGACCUCCCCGUAUACGCCAUUAUAGGGAGCGUGAUCCCACCGGAGGAUUUUCGAAACCCUCAAGUUUCUUCUAUAAAUGACAUUCCAUUAUUCAAGAUGUACCGAGUGAGCAGCAAAUCGCUGGAAGAACAAAAUCAUCCCAGACUGGAGGGGGUGCGAAUUUCAUUAACCGAAAGAAAACAUAGAAUCGUGAUUUUCCUGACUCUUAGGCUGACUGCAGCCAGCACAAAACCAGAUUUUUGCUUCUUCCUAACGCUGAUCGUUAAAAAUACGGUGCAUUUGGGCGAUGGCGACAUUUGAUUACAACUAAUGGUAUCCUUCAGUUAGCCUGCGAUCGCCCCAUGCAAGGUAAUCCCGAAUCCGGAAUCCAGGUAAUUUUGGUCUGUGGAAUCCGGAAUCCACGGCUUUGGAAUCCGGAAUCCAGCUAAUGGGAUCCCGAAUCCAAGCAUUGUAAUCCAGAAUCCAGGUUGCUGGAAUCCACUCUGUUGUGAUGGUUCCAGGGCCUCUUCUUUUCCUUUAGCGACUGUUGCGUGAAAAUCUCAUGUCGCAAGGACGCGCAACAGGCAUGUUCACGCGUGUUUCACUCGCAGGAACAUCCCCUGACAUUGUGACAUAUCGGGUAUCAAUUUGAAACAAUGGUCACAUUAUAAUGACGUGACAGAAUCCCAGGGAGUGAUUCAUAUUACUGUAUAUUAUCGCUCUUUCGAGCUCUUUAUAAGACACCCUUUCGACCGGGCCUUUCUACCUUUUUCCCCGUUGCGCCUUUGGAAUCGGAGGUUUAGAUUCUUUUCCUGUUUGGGCGCAAUUGGAACUAAUUUUUGGAUUUCAGGUAACGUCAAAAGAAUAAUAAUAUAAAGUAUCCUUAUUCUUGGCCGUAGUAUCAGUAGUCGGGGGUGGUUGCAGUUACUGGCUUCUUUCAGGCACAUGUCAUCAGUGUCACUCAAAGAAUGACAUGCUGCACGUGGUGUCGACGUGGUGUCUUUCAUUCAGUCCAGAUUCAAUCAGUCGAAAUCAGACAUCUCGAGAGAUCACUUUGAAUUUUUUUCUCAAUCGAUCGUUAUUUUUUUUAAUUUUUAGUGAUGUACUAGUGAGCAGCACACUUACACUUCCAGUGAACAUUUACACUUGGAAGAAGAAGAAACCAUGCUCGCCCGGGGCACGAAAAUUUUCGUUGCCCCGGGCGAGCAUGGUUUCUUCUUCUUCCAAGUGUAAAUGUUCACUGGAAGUGUAAGUGUGCUGCUCACUAGUACAUCACUAAAAAAUGACUUUAAUGAAACUAGCAGAAGCCACACGAGAAACUGAGCAUAGAAGUGCAAUGCCCUCAGCUCCCAGUACAGAAGUGUAGUACACUCUGCUGGUAUAGUAGAAUUCCGACUUCACUAACGCUAGAGCCCUGGUGGUUCAGUGGUUAGAAAGGCCAAGAAUUAUAUUUUAUACUUAUAUUUUAUAUAAGACAAUGUACACAUCAGGUAAAAAAAGAACAAGCUUUUUUGGUGAAAACAAAGUACAAAGGAAACGUUGAAAACCAGAAAAUAGAAUUUUGAAAUCUGGAAUCCAGCCACUUAUGGAAUCCGGAAUCCACGGAUGUGGAAUCCGGAAUCCACAGGCGUGGAAUCCGGAAUCCACAGCGUGGAAUCCGGAAUCCAAGACUCUCUUGGAUUACCUUACAUGGGGCGACUGCGAGCGAGCUCUCCUAUUUGGGCCAGUGAAGUGAGCCUCGCGAGAACGCGCGAGCGAGGGGCCGUCGCGGCUUCGCCGCUUGCUCGCGCGUUCUCGCGAGACUCGCUUCACUCGCCCAAAUAGGAGAGCUUGCUCGCAGGCUAUCCUUCAGUAAUUUGAGGUUUCGUUUAUCUGAGGAACUGCUUACAGUGGAGCCAGCGCGCGCUACUGGCUACCAAGCAAUACUUUAAGGCAACAUAAAGCUUUAAAGCGUAACGCUAGAACCCAUCCCAGUUUUCGUCACACAUCUUCUUCGGUUUUGAUCAAACAGAACCAUCAAUGAGUUCCCACCCUGGGGGUAGAAAAAACCCCGAGCUGUUUACUUAGUGAUGAACACGGAAAGUGAAAAUUUGUCUGACUGCGUAACAAGCGUCAACAGGGGUUAGGGAUUGGACGGAGGGAGGGAGGGGUGGGGAAUUUGAUACCAGGGGAUUAGUAGACGAUUGAAACAAACUGCCCCAAUCUCACUUAAUGCGGAAAUCGUAAUACAUUGAUAAAAUUAAAGCAGACAUAGAAAAUUGGAAGGAGCUGGAAAGAAAACUAUCUUUCGUACGGAAUUACGACUGAAAUUUGUCACCAGUCCGGUUGUCAAGCAAGUUCCAGGGGUAGGGCGUAUGACAGCACAACUGCGACAAUUGAAAUUCCAGUCUUUUUUUUACUUCAAAUCAAACACAAAGUGUAUUUGAGCCUCGUUAGAAGAUUAGAAGGUCACUCAUCACAAAGCAUAUCCGGCAGUAUUCGGAGAAAAAAUAGGAAGUUUCAGACCAACUGUUCCGAAGUUAGCCAAACGCGGUCAUUGCACGCGUGCUGAACAAGAAUGCUGUAUCAUGACAGACUAAACUCCCAAAGCACAAACUCAGCCAAAACGCUAAAAAUCUUCUAUGUUUACUCAAGUUUGGGCUUAUAGAACAUAAUGUCACAGUUUUUCAAUGGUCACGAAAUUCAGAAUUCGGGUAGUCUGUUAAUCGUUAAUCAAUUGUGGCCCUGAAAAAAUUUGAAGGAAAAAAAACUACGAAUUUUUAAGAAAAUGCUUUUUUCGUGAGAAGGACUCUUAAACGCUGACAAACGUCAACAACUAGCUAAAACUAUAAUUUGUAUAUGUUUGCAUUGCUCGAAAUCGCCCUCAUUUACAAGGCCCUAAAGUUUUUUGCUGACUUGCAAGGACCCAUCUGUCAGAUCCCCAAAAUAAAGAGAUAAAUCUCAUAGUUUAUUAGAUAUAAUCGUGUAAAGUUGGCUUUUCAUUUUCGCAUAAAUUAUGACCUAAAUUUGGAAACCGCUGAAUUUCUCGCAUUGGGUCUUUGCGAUUUUGGUGAAACUCUGUUCAACGCAAGGCACUAAUACGCGCUAUAUGUAGCCGAGAGAUUUUCACGAAAAAAUGCCGGCAACAGCAGAAUUUCGACUCAGACCCCAAAGAGGCGUGGCACUAUAACCACGUGACAUUUACUCCGAUCGCCAAAAAUUUUAUGCUAUAUUGUAGAUUGAUCUAUAUGUUAUACAUGCUAUAUGUUAGACUUACGAUCAAAGUAAAGGUGGGGAUACCACAGAGCUUCAAAGUAGGAUGGUACCCUUACAAAAUAACUGGAUCGAGUCACCUUAAGCUCUCUUUUUCCCGCCGAAACUGACGUUCUCGUUCCAGUCUUUUCCCAGUCAACAGACGUCGUCGUCGUGAAAUUCGUCGUGGUUCUUAAGUUCUCUAUAACCGGUUCCUCGUCGCUAGAGUUGCUUUUGUCGUACCUACGACAGAAAUUAUAAGAAAUUGUUGACCCUUUCCUCGGCACAAAUCAAGCGAACUAUCAAAACUGCUUGGGAAUUUCUAACUAAGGUAGGCAUUGCAUUAGCUGAAGCUACACUAUAACUCCAAGGUUCCUUUACCGUAAAAAUGCAUUAUAACGGAGCUCCACGCGCACGAGCGUAGCCCCAUCAUGGCCUAAUAUAAAAAAAAAUGUGGUAAUCUACUUACCCCAGCUGUUACCCGAGAAAUUUUGAUAAUCACGUAACUGUACGCUCGCCCGUCCCACAGGCAUACCAAUGGGAACUAACUGAAUCAACUGGUAAUAUAUAGAUUUACCCAGGGCUAAAAGCGAAGCUUUGGUUAAUAAUACUUAUAAGCAAAAAAAAAUUAAAUCGUGUAAUGUUCAACGGCGACGGCAAUGAAAAUGGCAUCAAGAUCAAUAGAUCUAACAAGAAUCGCCAAAAGGCGAUUUUUACUGUGUUGCCGAUGUAAUUUUCCUGGGGGAGUGGGUGGCUGCACACGUAGGCCACCAGGCUUAAUAUUGUCGCUGACCAUUACGUGACGUAGCAUCUCAUGUGAGAGUUAAACAGUUAGUCAUUUGAACAUUGUACCCUUUUGGAAGACUUUCAUAACAAGAAAAAUGAGUACCAUUUUAAAGUCGGGGCUGUAUAGUACCUUUUCAAAUUCCACCAUUAUGAAUAAUAAUAAAGAAGUGAGCCAUUCUAAGCAGGAAACAGUAAGCGUCAUUUUCACGCACCCCUCCCUCAUUCUCUCUGCUCCCCAAAAUAUUGCUAGUUUUCAGUGUCACGCCAUUCAAAAUAGAUCAAAAUAAAAAUCAAAACCGUUCAAUAGAUAAAGUUCAGAAUCUGGGAAAUGAAAGGAGGUACAUAUACAAAGACCUUCGCCAAGACUCAGGACAGAGGAAUAUUUCGCAUACGAGAUAUCCGAAGAAAUGUUUUACCCAGCAAACUUAUAGAGAUUUGUAUGGAGACGCCAUGCUGAUGCUCAACUGGAUGAGCUCCAACAUGGCGGACGGAAACCAACAGAAACAUCUGUUACAGAGUUUUGCUACAAAAGCGUGAAUCUAUUCUUCGAGAAACACAUAAACAAUAAAGUAAUACUUUUUCUAAUACAUGAACUGUUUAGAUAGCAAAAUUUCCUGAAUUAAGUCAUUUAUUUAACCUACAUGAUAGCUCUCUUGGCCUUCAUAAAAAUGCCGCGUCACACAAAAGCUUAGAAAUUCAAGCGUACUCUAUCACAAAACCAAGAACCCUUUUGAAGCGAAAAUUUGUAUGAAAAUUAGUUUUCAGCUGCUCUAAUGCAUCGUGAAAGUAAAAUCUCAGUAGGAUCGAUAGUUUUUUAGUUUGAAUUUUAGUGACGUCAUGUGAAAACCAACAAUAGUGUGACUAACUUGACCUAACCGGAAAUUCCAAAAACUAUUGUCGUUACGGGUCAAAACGGCUGUUAAUAACAAGCAGUACAUUUCUCAAUUCUGGUUCUUAAGACUAACAAAGCAAAUUAAAUUUAAGUUUUGUUUUUGUCUGAUAUUGUGUUAUAAAGCCUCUCUAACUGUCCUAGUGAAUAUGUAUAAUACUUUUUUGACGUGGUGAUCUACAAUGAGCACAUUCCCCAAGACAUGAAUUCCUUUCCUGUAAGGAAUGCGGACUUUUCACACGCAAAGCAAGAAUCGCAAUAACAUAAAAAGGGACAUUGGCCGUCACAUCUACUUUAUGGAAGAUAAUUUAUUGUAUGCAAUUUCUAAGUUACGCCAUGUGUAGUUCAACGUUGUUAUUAACGUUCUUCGUACAUGUCGUAUAUUCUAAGUAGCAUAGUGCACACAGCGAACAUAGAGAUCAGAGAAUGCGUCAAGUGGUCGCUUACAAGAGGUUAAAAACAAUGGAAAAUCAUUAAACUUUCAGGCCCAAAAAGUGGUCGCGGUCGCUUACGGGAAGUGGUCAUUUACUAGAGGUUCCAACUGUAAGGCUUUGACUGGGAAAGUUUUAGUGUUUUGGGUUCACGGUCUCUUAUGGGAGGUGGUCGCUUACGAGAGGUGGUCCCACAUGGAGGUGCGACUGUACCAUCAACUGACGUAAUACAACUCACUUUUACUCAGCAGAUGACAACCGCGCGUCAGCCAAUGUCGAUACAACAGUCCUAUUUAGUACUACGUCAGCCCUCGGACGAUCAUGCUCAUCCUACUUAUAGAUCUACUUAAGAAGAUAGGAGGGAAAAAGGAAAACUCCUCAGGUUUUUACACCGAGUUGGACUUGAACUGGAACCAGCUGUGGAACUAUUACAGUUUUUUGAAAACCCACAAGCUUAAAAUACCUGUAACUUUCUCAGUGUUUUGGUGGUAAAGAAAUAGGUUUUGUUUUCAAUUGCUAAACACUUGUAUUCCGCUACCCAGAGAUGUUAACCCUUAGAAAUAAGUUCACUUUCCCAAAUUUGAAUUUUCUAAAAUGUUUCCGCGGUUUGUAGUUUGUUGACAACAAAUUUAUUUUUUCAGUGGAAGAUAGAUGAAUGUACAAUGUGUAGAUAGACAAUUUUUAUUAUAUAAACACCAAUGAAAUACCAAGUGAGCUUUCGCGCGAAAACUUGAUAACUUCACACGUGAAAAUAACAUGUUAUCUUCACAUGUGAAAAUGUCAUCGUUGCUAUAGCUUCAUAAUAAACCGCACCUUUGAGACCAAAAAACUAUUCAAGUAAAAUGGUUGGUAUUUCAUUGGUGUUUAUAUAAUAAAUAGAACAUUACAUGGUCGAUUGGAGAUACGAAAUUUCUCUUCUCGUGUUGAAAAAAAUAUUUCACGAGUGAGUGCAGCGAACGAGUGAAAUAUUUUUCAACAAUCGAAGAGAAUUUUCCCAUCUCCGCGCGGCCAUAUAAUAUUCUCUAUAUAUACACCAUGUUUAAACAAUGGUAAAUCUGUUUCUUUGUUGUUGUUGUUGUUUUUAAUUUCGAUCAUUAUCACCAAACGAAUGUUAAUAUUUUCCUUUUUUAGAGAAGACCCCAGUCCAUCAAGUCAUAUUAUACAACGAUGAAAAACACAUAGAAGGAUCCCUUUUGAGGCAAAUCAAAUGCGACUGUGAUAGCCAAGAACGAGUAGUAAAGGAGCUAAUAAAUAUUAAGCUUUUACUACAGCUUUUAAUUUUACUUUUCAGAUCCUCUUCGUUAUCGUACAUAAAGACAAAUGGUAUCAGCGGAAAAAAGAAACCACAAUAUGUGGCUGAGCUGAAAUAGCAAAGCCAGCAAAAAAAAUAUGGGAAACACAGCUAUUAAUGGUAAUAUUGGCGACGUCUUUGUCAACUUUAAAGAUUUCCAGCACGCCCUAGGCAUCGCCUAUCACAAUCUUGGAGAUUUCCGGAAAGCCAUAGAGUACCAUGAACGACACCUCAGAAUUUCGAAAGAAGUGGGAGACAGGGCAGGAGAAGGAAUAGCGUACUGUAAUCUUGGCAACGCCUAUGACAGUCUUGGAGAUUUCCAGAAAGCCAUAGAGUACCAUGAACGACACCUCAAAAUUUCGAAAGAAGUGGGAGACAGGGCAGGAAAAGGAAAAGCGUACUGUAAUCUUGGCAACGCAUAUCACUGUCUUGGAGAUUUCCAGAAAGCCAUAGAGUACCAUGAACGAGACCUCAAAAUUUCGAAAGAAGUGGGGGACAGGGCAGGAGAAGGAAUAGCGUACUGUAAUCUUGGCAUCGCCUACAGAAAUCUUGGAUAUUUCCAGAAAGCCAUAGAGUACCAUGAACGACACCUCAAAAUUUCGAAAGAAGUGGGAGACAGGGCAGGAAAAGGAAAAGCGUGCUGUAAUCUUGGCAACGCAUAUCACUGUCUUGGAGAUUUCCAGAAAGCCAUAGAGUACCAUGAACGACACCUCAAAAUUUCGAAAGAAGUGGGAGACAGGGCAGGAGAAGGAAUAGCGUACGGUAAUCUUGGCAACGCCUAUAGAAAUCUUGGAGAUUUCCAGAAAGCCAUAGAGUACUAUGAACGACGCCUCAAGAUUUCGAAAGAAGUGGGAGAUAGGGCAGGAGAAGGAAGAGCGUACGGUAAUCUUGGCAACGCCUAUGACAGUCUUGGAGAUUUCCAGAAAGCCAUAGAGUACCAUGAACGAGACCUCAAAAUUUCGAAAGAAGUGGGAGACAGGGCAGGAAAAGGAAAAGCGUACGGUAAUCUUGGCAUCGCCUACAGAAAUCUUGGAGAUUUCCAGAGAGCCAUAGAGUACCAUGAACGAGUCCUCAAAAUUUCGAAAAAAGUGGGAGACAGGGCAGGAGAAGGAAAAGCGUAUUGUAAUCUUGGCAACGCCUAUGUCAGUCUUGGAGAUUUCCAGAAAGCCAUAGAGUACCAUGAACUAGGCCUCAAAAUUUCGAAAGAAGUGGGAAACAGGGCAGGAGAAGGAAAAGCGUACUCUCAUCUUGGCAACGCCUAUCACAGAAUUGGAGAUUUCCAGAAAGCCAUAGAGUACCAUGAACGAGGCCUCAAAAUUUCGAAAGAAGUGGGAGACAGGGCAGGAGAAGGAAAAGCGUACGGUAAUGUUGGCAACGCCUAUGACAGUCUUGGAGAUUUCCAGAAAGCCAUAGAGUACCAUGAACGACACCUCAAAAUUUCGAAAGAAGUGGGAGACAGGGCAGGAGAAGGAAAAGCGUACUGCAAUAUUGGCAACGCCUAUCACAGUUUUGGAGAUUUCCAGAAAGCCAUAGAGUACCAUGAACGAGGCCUCAAAAUUUCGAAAGAAGUGGAAGACAGGGCAGAAGAGGGAGGCACGUAUUUUAAUCUUGGCAACGCCUAUCACAGUCUUGGAGAGUUUCAGAAAGCAGUUCAGUAUUAUAAGAACAGUAUAAUAGCCUUCGACCACAUUAGGAGAAAUCUCAUAUCGAACGACGACUGGAAGAUUACCCUCAAAAGUACGUAUGAUCAUAUUAAUUUGAGGCUGUGGGAGCUGCAGUUUACGGAAGGUAAAGUCAUUGAGGCACUUUUAACUGCUGAUCAAGGACGUGCACGAGCUUUAAAUGAUCUUCUGGAGUUCAAGUAUGGUCUUAAAGGGUUACGCCCAGAAAUAGGAACACUUUCCUCAAGACCAAGUGACUUUGCUAGUUACUUACCACCAAAUACAGUUUUCAUGGGUAUCAGCGAGGGAGGAAUAGUUUUCUGGGUGAAUGAGAAAGGAAAAGAUAUCAAAACUAGAAGAACUGAGGUCGGUAUCUCCAUCACAACCUAUUUUCAGUCUCUGUUGGAAACUAUAGGUAUGAGAGCUCAUGUUAACUGUGAAGAUCGCUCAUUAAGUAACCCAAGCGAUAAAAAGCUAGCAGAAGAAAGAUCCAGUAACCCAAAGUCUCGGCCAUGUGUUGAGACAAAGUCAUUACAAACAUUGUACAAUGUUGUCAUAGACCCUAUAAGAGGCUUACUCUAUAGCGACGAGAUUGUGAUUGUUCCAGACGGACCUCUGUGUUUGGCGCCUUAUGCUGCUUUCAUGGACAUGAAAUUAAAGUACCUCUGCGAAACUUUCAGAAUUCGUCUGCUUCCCUCACUUUCUAGUCUUCAAUUAAUCCAAAAUUGUCCAGCAGAUUGGCAUAGCAAGACUGGCGCUCUUCUUGUCGGCGAUCCGUGGGUACAGGAGGUGGUUUAUGAAGGAAAGGUGCUAGAGCAGUUAAUUUGGGCCAAGAGGGAAGUGCAGAUGAUUGGGGAAAUACUUCAAACUGAACCUCUCGUUGGAAAGCAGGCAACAAAAGAUGAAGUUUUAAGACGUAUCUCCUCGGUUGGUUUGGUGCACAUUGCUGCUCACGGUAAAAUGGAAACGGGAGAAAUUGCCUUGGCCCCAAACACAACGCGUUCAUCCGUAAAUCCAGCCAGGGAGGACUAUCUCUUAACUAUGAAAGAUGUUUUAAAGGCGCAGAUAAGGGCAAGACUUGUUGUACUUAGUUGUUGUCAUAGUGGUCGGGGAGAAGUCAAAUCUGAGGGUGUGGUCGGCAUCGCACGGGCUUUUUUGGGUGCUGGUGCUCGUGCUGUUCUGAUGUCCCUGUGGGCGAUUGACGACGAAGCUACUAUGGAGUUCAUGAAAGUUUUCUACCAAGAACUAGUCCAUGGACGAAGUGCCAGUGAGGCCCUGAAUAAAGCCAUGAAAUCCAUGAGAGAAUCUGAAGACUUUAGCGCAGUGAGGUACUGGGCGCCUUUUGUUCUCAUUGGUGAUGACGUAACGCUCGAGUUUGAAGGCAGCAAUUAA